UGGAGGGAGUAAGAGUGUUUCCCCUGACCUGUGCAGUGCAGAACUACUCGUGGGGAAAGGUGGGGCUGGACAGCGAAGUGGCCAAACUCGUGGUUGGCGGAGACCCGCUCGCUGUCAUCGAGGAAGGCAAGCCCUACGCAGAGCUGUGGAUGGGUGCCCAUCCAAAGGGCGACUCCCAGAUUAAAGACAACAGGAUACCACAGACCACACUGGGUCAGUGGAUCGCACACUUCCCAGCAUGCCUCGGCUCCAAAGUCAAGGACAGCUUCCAGGGUCAGCUGCCGUUCCUCUUAAAAGUUCUGUCAGUCAACACAGCGUUGUCCAUACAAGCCCAUCCAAACAGGGAGUUAGCCGCUCAUCUCCACUCUCAGUUUCCGGAGCACUACCCAGACGACAACCACAAGCCAGAAAUGGCCAUCGCUCUCACCCACUUCCAGGGCCUCUGUGGCUUCAGGCCAGUGCAGGAGAUCCUUGGAUUCCUCAAAGCUGUCUCGGAGUUCCACGCUUUGGUGGGCAACGAGGCGGCCGAGGAGCUGCGACGCGGCGUGGGCGAUGCAGAUCGCACCAAGCGGGCCCUGAAGAAGUGCUUCACCAGGAUGAUGAACUGCGAGAAGAAGGUGUUUGUGGAUCAGCUCAACAUGCUGGUGAAGAGAGUCACUGAGGAGGGCGCGGCGGGCAAGGACACGUCCAGCAGCAAUGGCGAGCUGUUGCUCCGCCUCCAUUCCCAGUACCCGGGAGACAUUGGCUGCUUCUCAAUCUACUUCCUGAAUCAUGUGGUCUUGGAUCCGAACCAGGCCUUGUUCCUUGGAGCCAACGAGCCUCACGCUUAUUUGUAUGGAGACUGCAUCGAGUGCAUGGCGUGCUCCGACAACACGGUGAGAGCCGGCCUGACCCCCAAAUACUUGGACGUCAACACGCUGUGUGAGAUGCUCACCUACAUCCCCGCUCCCUCCGCCGCCAAAAUGUUCCCAGCAGUCCCGGACAACUCGGACCCUUGCGUGAACGUCUACGACCCACCGGUGCCGGACUUCACCGUCAUGAGGAUACAGGUCCCGGCUGCCAUGAAGCAGUACACCGUGGCGCCCGUCGACAGCGCCAGUGUCCUGCUGGUCAUCGCAGGGGACGCCACCGCCACCUCGGCCGCCGCGCUCUCCGAUCUCACCCUGCGGCGAGGCACCGUCCUGUUCGUGUCAGCCAAUGAGAGCCUGCUCUUGCACGUGACCUCCGCAAUGGACGUGACCAUGUUCCGGGCAUGCUGCCUCCUGUAGGCGUGGGAAGGUACGAACUCAGCAUCUGACGCGCCGGCCUUAAACCUUGGCCGACUUUUUUUUUUAGCGGCGCAAAUAGAUCCAUUUUUAUCCAUCGCGUUUAAAUAAUUGAGUACCCAAAUAAUUCCAAUCGGUGCUAAAUGAAGAUCACAGGAUUUAGAAUUCCUGAUGGCGACGCCAUCUCCUCGCCAUAUUUUCUCAAUUUAAAAUCAUAUUACUUGAAUGUUUGCUACUCACAAAGACAGAAAGAUGGACAAUUGCAGAAAAGGGAAAAGUGGGAGGGACUAAGGCUAGGUUCACACUGCAGGGUAUGAUGCCCAAUUUUUCUUAAAAUACCGUAUUUUUAUGUUAUCGUUUAUAUUACCCCAAAAAACGCAAGGUGUGCCUGUGAAGUGACACACACAUGACGACACACAUGUUUACUCAGGAUGUCCUGAUCAACACUUGUGGCCUCCGAUCCCAAUCCAGUCUUUAAAGUCGCGAUACGAUACUUUGACAAUAGAUUGUAGAAGUGAAACUGUUUUAUAGCUAGUAACUAAAGUAGGGCUGCAACUAGGGUUGUACAGUAUAGUAGCGUGAUACUAAAGUUAAAAAGUUAAAGUACCAAUGAUUGUCACACACACACUAGGUGUGGCAACAUUAUUCUCUGCAUUUGACCCAUCACCUUUGAUCACCCCCUGGGAGGUGAGGGGAGCAGUGAGCAGCAGUGGUGGCCACGCUCGGGAAUCAUUUUUGGUGAUUUAACCCCCAAUUCCAACCCUUGAUGCUGAGUGCCAAGCAGGGAGGUAAUGGGUCCCAUUUUUAUAGUCUUUGGUAUGACUUGGCCGGGGUUUGAACUCACAACCUACCGAUCUCAGGGCGGACACUCUAACCACUAGGCCACUGAGCAGGUUACUAAUGAAUCUUAUAUCCGGUACUAUACCGCCUCUGAAGAGUACCGGUCCGCGCGCCCCGUCGUCGUCACGUCGUGUCAUUGCUGGUUUACGAGCAGACGAGCAUGUUCGGCAGCGCACAAUCACAGAGUACUUACAAGCAGACACAGUGUGUAGACCGAAAAGGGACAACGGACAUUUUGGCUUAAAAACUAACGAUAAAAGUGAAGUUAUAACACUGCAACGCCCUCAGGAAUGGGGGCUUUAAGACAUGGCUAGCUAGCUAGCGGCUAAAGUCCAGCCCCAGUCGGCAGUGUUGUAGCUACUAAUCCUUGUCUCCAUGGCAACAAAUAAAGUCAGUUUCUUACAAGUAUCAUCCCUGCAGGACGAGGAAUAGCUAAACAUGCUUCACUACACGCCGUAGCUCACCGGCGUGACCACUAAUGAUGCCGUUCCUGAAUGUAAACAAACGUCAUUGGCGGAUCUACACUUAACAUCCACUGUAAUGAUACUAAGUACAGGAGCAUAUCUAGUCGAUACUACUAUGAUUACAUCGAUAUUUUUUGGCUUCACAACAUCUUCAUUUGUUUUAAAAAAAUUUAUAUAAUGUUUAUAAAGUCAGGAAAUAUGUCCCUGGACACAUGAGGACUUUGAGUAUGACCAAUGUAUGAUCCUGUAACUACUUGGUAUCGGAUUGAUACCCAAUUUGGUGGUAUCGUCCAAAAUGUAAAGCAUCCAAACAACAGAAGAAUAAGUGAUUAUUACAUUUUAACAGAAGUGUAGAUAGAACAUGUUGAAAGAGAAAGUAAGCAGAUAUUAACAGUAAAUGAACAAGUAGAUUAAUAAUUAAUUUUCUACCACUUAUCCUUAAUAAUGUUGACAAAAUAAUAAGUAGAUAAAUGACACAAUAUGUUACUGCAUAUGUCAGCUGACUAAUUAGGAGCCUUUGUUUACUUACUACUAAAAGACAAGUUGUCUUGUAUGUUCACUAUUUUAUUUAAGGACAGACUUUCAAUAAGAAACAUAUGUUUAAUGUACUCUAAGAUUUUUGUUAAAACAAAGCCAAUAAUGCAAUUUUUUGUGGUCCCCUUUUAUUAGAAAAGUAUCGAAAUAAUUUUGGUAUCGGGGCAACAUUAGCUGCAACGAUUAGUCUAUAAUAAAAAUGUGUCGCCGACAAUUAUAUUUGUCGACAAUGGUCAUCACUCGUGACGCCACACGCAAAAACAUGGCCAGUGAUGACAUGUAAGGUGUGAGAACAUUUCCUCCUCCUCUUGUUAAAACAUGAGUACCUUGCCACUUUUGCAAUGCGGACUUUGUUUUUUAUGGCAGUACAUCUGUGAUACACCAGCAUUUAAAUGGGAACUGCUCUUUUUUUUUUUUGCCUAUCGUUCACUAUCAUUAUGAGACAAGAAGAAAAAAGGUUUUUUUUGCAUUCUAACAUGUAAAAAUCGGCUGGUUCUUGGUGGCUAGCAAUGCAGCUAAUGGGAGCAAUCAAUUCUACCUCUAAAUCACUUUAAAAAUGCAUUCAAAAACCGCCAACAAUACGUCAUUUACGUUCCGUAACCUGUAUAAUAACCAAACCGUAACGACAUUGUUAUUGUAAGAGUGAACACUGAGGAACUCUUUUUCUAGCGUACUAACACAUCGGCAUGCUACGGUAUUAGCUGUAAAAGCUAACAACGGCAAGAGAUAAGCUAGCUACUACGACAACAUGAAGCGUGUUUGAGUGUGUAAUGCACAACAAUGCGAUAGGACACCAAUCUGUACUGAGUGAAAAACAUGAACAAUCAUAUUACAGUAUCUGUAAAGUAUUACCCGACAUUUCAUGUUUUGUUUGUACACAGCUAGCCAGACAACGUAUGUACUGUAGUUGUAAUAACACGCAUGACGUGCUGCGUAUAUCAUGAUCCAUAUUCAAGUGACACACUCAAUGGAUAGUUGUGCGUUUGGUCUUUUUUAGUCGGUUUAUUUGGGUAAGCACUCCAUUUAUGUCGAAAAAGCUUGUCUCCAAAUUCCACAUAUGCAGCUACGAGUGACUUUCACCUCGCUCUCUCUGCUGCUCCAACGUCUCACCCUUCCUUUUGCGCUCGCUUCUAGAAGCAGUAGUUUUAUCAAAUUUGCAAAUGUUUCUAAAUCAAUGACUUAAUACAUUUGUUAUUUCAUAUGAAAUACAAUAUUUUUAAUAAAAUAAAAUGGCGAUUAUACAAUAACUUAACAAAAACUUAGCUCCCGUUUAAAUCGCUUGUUUUUGCCCUCAGAGCCUUCUUGUAUCCAGAGACUUACUCCCUGACUUUGUAAACAAUAGGAACAAGAAAAAUAUCAUUCUAAUCACUUUGGUAUCACUUAUAUACUGAUACCGCACUAGGUAUCAAUAGUAUCGACAUCCGGAUCAUCACCCCUUCUUUAGCUUUAGCGGUUAGCUUCUUGUAUCGUCCUACGUGUUUUUUUCCCGAGCGCCUUCCAGUGAUAAAGAUAGUUGAAAUAAACAGUUUUUUUGCCGCCAUGGUGGUGUGGACUUGUAUCUUAGAAGCGCUCGCACUGUGGAUAGAUGACGCGUUCAUUGCAGCUUGCUCUCAAAUUGGAGCCGGUGUUCUGGCAAGACAUGAUCGGGACAUCACGGGACAUUACGGAAGUUAACGUGGCCCCGUUGCCAGUAGGGUUCAGACCUGGAGUCAAACAUACAUGGACAUACAUACAGUGCAUCCAAACAGUACUCAUGUUACAGCCCUAUUCCAAAAUUCAUUUUUGUCCUCAAAAUUCUACACACAUUACCCUAUAAUGACAGUGUGAAAAUGUUUAUUUAGAGCUUUUUGCAAAUGUAAUAAUAAUUAAAGCUGCAAGCAGCGAUGGACGGGGCCGACUUUGAGGGCUCAUAAAAUCCAAACCGGAGCAGUAAUUAAAACUCUUUUAUCAACUUUUAAUCAGGAGGGUUCAAUCUCUCUCCUGUGCUAAUUUGAAGCCGACACGACAAACGCGCUCGGAGGAGAUAAUGUUUGAAAAAAGGUGACUGUUUUUAACACAACUUUUGUUUUGAAGGGGGAAUUGCAAACUCCCUGUAGAUUUUUGCUGGGGGUUGUCAGUGUAUGAAAUAUAGGUCUAAGUGAGACGUACAUAGAGGUUUUUGUUUCAUGUCUCUACGACAUUCCUACUGGGUGUUACAGGCAGUUUUGUCUGUGCUAGAGCGCAAUUUUGGGGUUUGGUUUUUUGAUUAGAUCGCAAUUUUCGCCAGUCCUGAUGUGUCUCCAAUUUGAUGAGUUUUGAAGCAUGUUAAGGGGGUCAAAUUACAGCUCAAAGAGGCGGCGGUAUAAUAAUAAAACGCUAGAAAUACAAUAGGGUCCUCUGUCCCAAAUAAUACAAAACUAAGAAAUCACACAUAUUUAAGUAUUCACCGCCUUUGCCACGAAGCUCAAAAGUGAGCUCAGGUGCAUCCUGAUUCCACUGAUCCUCCUUGAGAUGUUCCUACAACUAAAUAGGAGGCAAAACAAUGCUCCUUUUGUUCGAGUCAACCUUUUUUUAACCGACAUUUUAGGUGUGGGAGAUUUUAGCACUCGCAGUUUGUGGGGCAUGAGCCAAGAGUAGUGGGACCCUUAAAUUGAAACUGGUUUCCAAUCUUGGUGUGUUUAAUUCGAUUUUUUUUUUAAACUAAACAUGA